CAUAAUUUACGACAUCAAAUCAAAAUGGACGUCGACGACACAGAUGAGCCACAGACAGAUAUAUGUCGUGUGUGCAGAUGUGAGGGGACGUCAGAUAAACCUCUGUAUCAUCCAUGUGUCUGCACGGGCAGUAUCAAAUUCAUACAUCAAGACUGUCUGGUACAAUGGUUAAAAUACAGCAGAAAGGAGUUUUGCGAACUUUGCAAACAUCGGUUUGCUUUUACACCAAUUUACUCACCAGAUAUGCCAAAGAGGUUACCUAUAAAGGAUAUAGUGAGUGGGUUGUUAGGUAGUGUAGGAAAAGCCGUCAGAUAUUGGUUCCAUUAUACACUCGUCACGUUUGCCUGGCUUGGUGUUGUUCCAUUAACAGCUUGUCGUAUUUACAGAUGUCUGUUUACUGGAUCUGUGAGCUCAUUAUUAACAUUACCACUUGAUAUGUUAUCUACUGAAAAUAUUGCAUCCGAUUGUUUCCAUGGUUGUUUUGUUGUGGCGUGUACAUUAUGUGCAUUUAUCAGCUUGGUGUGGCUACGUGAACAGAUCCUGCAUGGAGGAGGGCCCGAUUGGUUAGAACAGGAUGUGCCUGGUGUACAACAAAGGAAUCCUUUGGAUAUCGGUGUUGUAAACAAUCUUGUUGGUUUGGGAGGGGGCGGAGCUAGAGAUGGAGCAGCCAAUCAGAACAAUCAGAAUGAAGAUAACAAUGCCGAGGCAGCCAAUGAGGGUGAAGAAGAGGUGGAAGAGGAAGGUGCAGAUAAUGGAAAUAAUGCUGCACAAGAUGACAAUAAUUGGAAUCCAAUAGAAUGGGACAGGGCAGCUGAAGAACUUACCUGGGAGAGGCUUCUUGGUUUAGAUGGCUCUCUUGUGUUCCUUGAACAUGUAUUCUGGGUUGUGUCUCUUAACACAUUAUUUAUACUUGUAUUUGCAUUUUGUCCAUAUCAUAUUGGUCACUUUACAAUGAUUGGAAUGAAGAUGGAAGAUGUGGUUGAAGCAUCACAUUUUGAGGGUUUACUUACAACGUUGAUAGGCUAUGUUGUUAUAGCAUUCUCUCUGAUCUUCUUGUAUGCCAUCUGUUCCUUGAUCAGAUUAAAAAGGUUUGUUGUCAAUGAUUCUUCAAUAAUUCCGUUUCCACGAGUGUUGGUCUGUGUUUUUGGUUGUCAAGAUAACAGAAAAGUGUUUCCAGGUUUCCUGCCAUAUAACGUCAUGUUGUCAAGUGAUGCACCUGUCAGUGAAUUAUCACUGGAACUGUUGUUAUUACAAGUGGUUCUACCUGCCCUGCUAGAGCAAGGUCAUACUAGGAUGUGGUUAAAGGGCUUGGUGCGGGGCUGGACCCUGUGUGUAGCCUGGAUGCUGAAUCUACGAUCAUACCUUGUCGGGGACGUGCAGCUCGACGACCAUGAUAAUGUUAUACAAGGUGAUGCUGCAGCAGCUCCCGCUGGUCCACCACCCCCACCUGCUGGUAACCAUGGUAACAAUGCCCCGAACAAUCCUGUACCUCCACCAGGCCAGCCAGGGGGACUUGCAGCAGCCCAUCAAGCUAUGUUACAGGCUGGAGGGCCAAUAGGCUUUCAAUCAUACAAGAGGCCAAAUCUCUUUUAUUUUAGAAUUGUGUUGCUGGUAGCUCUAAUGUGUUUUACAUUGUUUGCAGCCAGUGUUGUUUGUCUUAUACUGCCAGUAUUUUUUGGCCGAAAGUUGAUGUCAUUAUGGAUGGGAGAAGCUAAAAUUCAUGAACUUUAUACAGCUGCGUGUGGAUUAUACGUUUGUUGGUUAAUGUUAAGGAUAGGAACAGUGCUGUAUAACUGGAUACCACAGGGUACUGCGGCCAUACUCAAUAAACUUAAACAGUGGCUUAUUUUGGCAUUAAAGUCACUAUUUGUAGCUGUAAUUUUGAUGGGAGUUGUGCCAUUGUUACUGGGUCUGUUGUUUGAGCUUGUAGUGGUAGCACCAUUGAGGGUGUCACUGGAUCAGACCCCAGUCUUCUUCCCCUGGCAGGACUGGGCAUUAGGUGUUUUACAUACUAAAAUUAUAUGUGCUGUUACAAUGAUGGGUCCACAAUGGUGGCUCAAGCGUGUCAUUGAGCAGGUAUAUAACGAUGGAUUACGCAACAUGAAUCUCAAGUUUAUUCUUUACAAGUUAUGUUUUCCUGUCAUUGGUGUGCUAGGCAUGUCGUUAUCUGUCCCAUAUGUUAUAGCAAGAAGUCUUGUUCCAGCAUUAGGUUUUGAUUUUGAUGUACAGAAUUUUGUAUUACGAAGAAUUUACCCAUUCCUGUUAGCGUGUGUUGUUAUGGUGUUUGUGUGUGUAUUCCAAGCUAGACAGUUUAAAAGGCUUUAUGAACAUAUUAAAAAUGACAAAUAUUUAGUUGGUCAAAGACUCGUAAAUUAUGAUCCAAAGAGAUUUGUUCGAAAAUUAACCACAGAACAGACGGCGAAACAGACGUGAAACGUUUGACAGAGAUUUGUGUGUGGAUACAUGAUUACAAUCAAUAAGAUAACAGUUAUAAUAUGGUCUAGUCAUACACCAAGUGCUAUAACAGUACAUGGAGUUACACAUGAAUAAUACAAUAUUGAAAAAAAUGAAAAAUGAAUAAUAUGUAUUGUCAGAAUGAAUAAUACAUAUGACAGAUGAAUAACAUAUACUGAGAGAUGAAUUAUAUAUAUACUGACGGAUAAAUGAUACAUGUUAAAAAAAUGAGUAAGGAAUAUUGAAAAAUGGUUUAUACAUAUUGACAGAUGAAUAACACGCACUGACAGAUGAAUAUUAUAUGUUUGAAAGUUUAAUAAGACAUGUAAGCAGAUGAAUAAGAAAUAUUCACAAAUGAUUACUACAUGUUGACAGUUGAAUAACACAUAUUGACAAAUGAAUAAUUCUUAUUGCCAGAUGAAUACUAGAAAUUGGAACAUUUUGUUUUUGAAAUUUUAAGAAAUAAUAAUUGCCAUUCUUAAAGCAGCAUGCCUCCAGGUUUAUUUUAAUUUUCUAUGAAAAUGUAAAAAAUUCCUGAAAGAUUGCAUGUCAUAUAUGCCGAAAUGGCAGUUAAUGAGUAGAGCUGAAUGGAGAUAAAAUCAGUUGAUUUUGUCACAUUGUACAAUGAAACUUGAAAAAAAGUCACUUUUAUUGUGUAUACAUUUUAUAAGCUAGUUCAUUUCUCGUAAGUUGGAUUUUUUUUCAUUGAAAAUUGAUUUUCUUGUCUUGCAACGAUUUUUAAUUUUUUUUUAUUUUGUAAAAUAGAGACUGAAAAUAGAAGUUUUUCCCAUUUGACAAAGCUGUAGUAAUUUGUUGUUGCCAUGAAAGUAGGGGGAACAAAAAUCAAUGUCUGGGGGUGUGCAGCUUUUACUUUUACUAUUUGAUUGUACCCUGCCUUUAAUUUGGAACAAUCCAUUGUUCAAUAGACUUACUCUGGAAUAAAGAAUAUGUUGGAUUUUUACCAGCUCGUCUAGGGGUACAAACAAACUUUUACAGAUUAAACAUUAAGUGCAAGAGGUUGACUAAUCUAUUGUGAACGGUAGUGCUCCAUGAAGCUAUAACAGUAAAAGUUUUGUUUUGUACCAAGGGAUAAGCUUGGAAAAACACACAUUUGCCAAGUUUCAAAUAACAUCUAUUAAGGGACUAUAAGAGUAUAUAGUGCUUGAAUUAAGCAGCCAGAAGUGUAGCCUAAUUUGACAGCACAGGCUGGCCUUACUGUACUUUUGUAGCAGAGACUCAAACUUUGGUUAGUGCUCAAAUGAUUAAAUGGCAAGAUGAUAUUUUAUACUGCUAACAGCUACAUAUGCUCUGUUUUCAUCGUUUUUAAUAGUGAAUAUUUGCUGUUUUGUCUUAAUUGUACAAUCUUUUGGUUUCAUGGCUGAGUGGUUAAGGUUGCUAACUUCAAAUCACUUGCUGCACACUGGUGUAGGUUCGAAUCCUGUCGAGCAAUUUUGGAUUCGCCGAUAUAAGUUUGAAUCCUGUCAAACAAUUUUUGAUCAUCUCAAGUGAGUAAGCUAUCUAACUAGCUUGUGGAAGGUUAAUGGUUUAAAUCCGAAGCCGGGUUGUGCCAGAAGUAGUGCAUAGAGAGUCACUUUAGGUCUUCCUGCACCAGUAAAGCUGGAAUGUCAACAUAUUACUAUUACAGUCUUGGUGUGACUUUAAACUCAACAAGUUGAAUACAACUUUGGCACAGUAUAGCACAAAUCUGAUAGUUAUGUGCUAUGAAAAAUUAUUUUGCACAUUAUUUUUUUUCCAGUGCAAUAUAGGUUAUCAGAAUUUGAUUAAAGUAGAUUAUUUAUGUGUACAUGUAGUUAUUUAUAAAGAAUUUGUUGUUUUUAGGAAGCUCUAUGCCUUUGUAAAAAUUGGACAUAUGACAUUAAUAUUUUAAUUUGUUUACUUUGAAAUAUUUUAUUUAUUAAACAUAUAUGGAAGUGACUAAUAUUCCUUUAACUCUAAUCCUGCCAGUGGCAUCUGAUUCUACCAAUGCAACCAGUGUGCCGGCUGAAAAUUAAGUCUACAUUAUGCACUGGUCAGCGCAUAUUCUGAAAUUGGUCAAUGGUUUUGUCCAGAUUUAAAGAUGGACAGUUUUCAGGGUGGCAAGGGUUAAACUGGUGUCAAGUUUUUUCUCAAUGUUUAUUUAAAUUUUUUGUACAUAUAUAUUAUUUAAUCAGAGUAUGAAAGCAACAGUGCUGCUUUACCAGUACUGGUUGUAAUAUUUUUGAACAGAAUCUGUCAUAGUUGCACUGAAGUUUUUUUUUUUUAGUUUUUCUUUUUUCUUUUUUAGAAAAUACCAAUUCUUGUAAGGUAAUAAUAAGAGUUUUGAGGAUAAAUGUAAUGUAAAAGCAAUCGUAAUUUUUUCAAUUCAGUUAUGGUAUUUAAAAUUUAAAUGCCUCUCAUGUACCCAUUGUACAUCUGGGUUCAGUGACGCAACACAGGGUAUAUUUAUUUUGAUGGACAAUGUUCAUAAUUGGAUCCGAACCAGGCACCUCAUAAUCCCAAACUACAUUCUCCUAACACUGGACAUCUGUACCACUAAUGUAUAAUACUUGUAAAGUUAUUUCUGUUCAGAGUACUGAAUUUACAAUGUAAAGCACUGCCUUUAUGGAUUGGAACCUUUAGUUAGGACCUAUAAAUGAAUACAACAGAAAGAAAGAAAGACUGCCUUUUGUCCUGUAUUUGUAGAUUAAUUUCAGAUAUUGUGCAUGUUUUUGGGGGUUUUUGUUUUGGGUAUUUUUUACUUUUCUGAUAACUUUUUUUCCAUUAUGCAUCAUCAACUUUUCUUUUAAAAGACAUUUUCUUUAAGUACAAGCCAAUGAUGACAAAGCAAUACAGGAAAGAUCGUUGUACAGUCUUUUACAAUUUCAUGUUUAUUAUUCAAUUAAUAGAUGCUUGAAGAACAUAUAUUUAAAUUUUAUUAAAUAAUGGGCUUCACAUAGUUUUUACAAAGGUAACAUAUUAGAAUCUAAAAUUCAUGUUUAUGUUGUUAUUUUUCCCCAAUUAGAUACAGAAAAUAAAUACAAGUACAGCUUUAAUUUUUGUUGAAUGUUCAAUUUUGAAAUACUGAUUAGUUGUUAUUAUUAUUGUAAAUUGUUAUUGUUUAUGAUAAUUAUUAGUUUAUUCAUAUUGUAUACAUAGGGCGGAGUACUACAUCUGCUGUCAAUGUAAUUUUGAUUUUUUUACCCUUUCCUUUUGAUUUUAAACACCUCUAUACAAAGAUAAUGGGGCUAUAGUACUCAUUGAGAUAAAACUUACAUUAAGAUUUAGUAGGCAAGUUAAACCAAAAUGAUUACUUAAGGUAAGUCUUUGUCACUGGUAAAGGGCAAGGCAAGUUUUUAAAAAUUCAGACUAAUACCUUCAGUGCAGCCUUACCAUGCUCUAUAAUUUUGGCAGUCUACUUUAAAGAUUUGCAAUUAAAUCCCCUAAAAUGAUAAUGGACUGUUCAAAAAUUAAUAGGUGGACAAGUCCACCAUAAGACAAUCAGCAGGGUAAACUAAAGGUUAAGUAACUUAUUAAAUUAUGCAUUGAUCUUCAUUGGUAUUAUUCCCUUUCUUAAACUUUUCCCCUUUCUUUACAAUUUCUGCACGGACCCUGUUUUACUAUCAUAUAGAAAGUCAUUCAGGCUGUCUGGUUCAAGGACAUAACUCUAGCAUUGAUUUUCACUGAAUUACUCCCCUUUGUGAA